CGCUGCUCUCCUACAUGCUGACGACGAGACCCCGGAAGCACCGAGCUGCCUGCCUGCUUUGUUUUGUUUUGGUAGUGGAGUUGGAGAAGAGGUAGAGAGGCCGAGGUCCGUCCGGGAGAGAACCGCUCACUAAAUGGGGAGAGCCAUAUCGGGGAUGGAAGAUGACAGACCGAUAGCCGACGCCUGUAAAAUGCCGAGUUUUAUCAGCGGUUUCGAGGAGGAGAGGGUGAAAUUGUCCCGUAACCUGCCGGAAGAAACUUCCUUCACGGACAGCAAAGUUGAGCACUCGGUCAGGGAUUUGAGCCGUCGUGUCACCAGAUCAAACUCGCGGUUAUCCCUGGACGGAGGUGAGCGGGACUCGGAGGACAGGAGCAGCGAGGAGGAGAGGGAUGCGAAGGGCAACAACAACAACAACUGCAACGGCGGAGGAGGAGAGAGGAGGAGGAGGGCGAGCGCUGUCGAGAUUUUGAGGAGGAAUUUCGGGGUUUCAAAAUCUCCCUCUCUGUGUCUAAAUACAAACAGCCGGAUGCAGCGCGGCGCGGAGCACGAACAACAUCGCGAAGGAAAUGUUAAUAACCACGUUUAUAACGGUUAUGGAACCGAACGUGGCGAAUGUAAAAAGUCGGAGCGUGAAACGGGCGAAGCGGGUACUAAAAACGAGCCAACUUUGAACGACUUGACUUCGGUUGUACAAAGAGUUGAAUUUGUAACCGUUAACGUUGCUGGUCAGCGCCAUCGUAAACGUGACAGUGACAGCAACACAGUAGCUUUAGAUGAUUCUUUGAACACUAAAGAACACGUCUACUGCACUGUGUACUGCAUCGCUAACGACAGAAAAGACGUUGUAAUCACAGACGAUGAAACGGUCACAUCUGACGCAUCAAAAAUGGACUUGGAGACAGAACAGGAAGCAGGCUCGAGUCCCGAACCGGCUCUGUACACAUUGGACGACCUGGUGGAUCCUUUCUGGGACAUGACCCACCCGUUGUCCAUGGAACAGGCCGGUGCGGGGACUACGAUGCAGAGUUGCCGGGUGUGCCUGGAAGAGAAAACCAUCGCACCCCUGCCCUGCUGCAGGAAGGCCGUGUGCGAUGAGUGUCUGAAACUCUACGUCAGCUCUCAGGUGCGAGUAGCCAAAUCUUACAUCAGCUGUCCAAUCCCAGAGUGCAGUGGCUUCCUGGAGGAGGGAGUGGUAAUUUCCCAUUUAGCCAAUGAAGACGUAGCAAAAUACCGUUACUUUUUGGAGCUGAGUCAGCUAGACUCGAGCACCAAACCAUGCCCCCAGUGCAGUCAGUUCAGCUCUCUGAAGGGGAACAACUCCAACCACUCCGAGCACAAGUACAAGAUCCAGUGUAGCAAUUGCCAGUUUGUGUGGUGCUUUAAAUGCCACGCACCAUGGCACAAUGGGGUCAGAUGUCGCGAAUACAGGAAAGGAGACAAGCUGCUUCGAAGCUGGGCUAGUGUCAUAGAGCACGGGCAAAGAAACGCCCAGAAAUGUCCACAGUGUAAGAUCCAUAUUCAGCGUACAGAGGGAUGUGACCAUAUGACAUGUACGCAGUGUAACACUAACUUCUGUUACCGCUGUGGAGAGCGCUACCGACACCUAAGGUUUUUCGGGGACCAUACAUCCAACCUCAGUGUGUUUGGAUGCAAGUUUCGCUAUCUACCUGAUAAACCUCAUCUGAGACGGCUAAUUAGAGGGUCUGUCUGUGCCACUAAGGUGCUGAUAGCUCCAGUGGUCAUUUUGUUGGUCAUGGUGCUCGGAGCUUUCGCACUGGUGAUAGGUAACACAAUUAUACACGUGAACACACACAUGCACAAAAAAAUCAGGGUGAAGCUCCAGCGAGAGUGGCAACCCAAAAUCAGCUAAAUGGUUUGACUAUAUUACAGAUAUUUUCUUCCACACAGCAAAGCAGGUCCACUCUCUAUGCAAAAAUAACAAACAUAAUCAUGCCACAAACUUUAUAUUGGCAUGCAUGUCAGUCAUUCUCAGUUAUAUAAAGAGAAGUAAACUGCCAAAGCUUUAGAUCCAAAUUAUCACUCUCUGGGUGACUGGCUUUUAUUUCCUGAAACUACAUUUACUAGUAAAAUCAUCCAGCUGCACUCUGUGAGCACUCCGUCAGACAGGGAUGUGAACUAUUGAUGCCUUGGCUGAACUGUAAUUAGUGUUAAUCUCUUUCCCAUGUCUGUGCGUCUGACAGAUGAUCCGCUGCGGGCUAACAUGCCGUAAUGGAAGAAUCACAUUUAUUGUCAUCGUUAUUAGAAUCAGUGCUGUGCUGCUGCUGCUGUCUUUUUCAGCCUAAUUAACAUACACAUCCAGUAUGCCAAAUAUGUAGGCAGUUUGCUAUAAGAUAGAAUAAUCAAAUCCAUAUAGAAAACUCAUCAGAGCUUGACAUUGACAGAUAAUUCAAAGAUUUACAUUGUACAUUAAUUAAUUGGUAAUUCAAAUUAGUAUCAAUUGAAACAAGGUUUAAAUCCAUCUUUCUCCUCACUUCCGCUUCAUCUUUACAACCACCUUCCCUGUCUGCAGGUUUGGUAGUUUUCCCGGUCUACUAUGUGUGUAAGAGGAGGAAGAAGCAGCGCACACAGGGCUCCGGACGGUGGAUCUGACUGCAACCUGCACUGCAUCUAGAACACACACACACACACACCCCCACACACACACCCCACACACACACACACACACACACACACACACACACACACACACACACACACACACACACACACACACACACACACAGACAGCUUAAAAGACGAAGCCCGCAUCUCCUCAGGGAUGAACACGCCUGCCUGAGUCAUCGCAAAAGUCUGAGAGGAACAUCACGCAAUUAACAAUGGUGAAUGGAGUUUUUAAGAUGGAAGGAAGUAUAUAAACAUAUGAAGGACGGCCUGGAUAAUCAUACUUCAUCACGCAGAAUAUUUGUAUUUCAGUAGACCGCUGCUGCAAAAGAAAUGCUGGAUAUUCAAGAAGAAAAGGAAAAGAAAAUGCUAAUUUAAACUAACAAAUUUUUUCUUCAGAUGAUGGUUGACAUGUGUUGCAAUCCCCUUAAAUCUCCACUAAAUUUAACAGCAUUGAACUUUCUUGCUGGCCACCUUUUGUCCCGGGCACAAUACAGGAAGUUUCAGCAGUGUACAUUUGACAAACGUUAGCUUGGAGCCCGUCAGUUAGCCUGAUAUGAUGACAUACUGUUGAAUAUUGUGGAUGAAAGUUUUUUUUUUAAAGGUUUGACAGUGGUGGAUACAAUUUGACUUGAUAAACACAGACUGCUGGAAAAUGGGAGGAGGACCUCACAGACGAAUAAUAGAGAAAUGUGAGGAAAUCUAAUCUUCUUGUUGAACUUUUGCAAACGCUUCUUCAGUCAUUUGUCAAAAGUGCAAGCUGGAAACUGAAUUCAGGACCAAGCCAUGAUGGAAAAAAAUGAGUUCUCACAGAUGCAACAAAGCUGACAUUGAAUUUGUGCAAUCUUCAUCGAAAAUUUGGACAUUUGGAGUAAGCACACAGUAUUCAAAAUAAUAUGAAAGGACUUAAUUUGGACGGAUGGAAGGAUGACACGUUACUAUUCUUGGCUUUCCUGGAUAACCUCGACUCUGCCUCAAGCUUUUGCUAGACAGAGUGAAAGUUGGGUCCUGUGUCCCCACCCUAAGAGUGACACCUAGUUUCAAAGGCCACACCAACCUUAGCUUUAAAAAAAGGUGUCCUGUUUGCAACAAAUAUUAAGCCCACUGACCCCUUAAAGGUCCCAUGACAUGGUGCUCUUUGGAUGCUUUUAUAUAGACCUUAGUGGUCCCCUAAUACUGUAUCUGAAGUCUCUUUCCCAAAAUUCAGCCUUGGUGCAGAAUUAC